AUGUCCACCACCGAACAGCCCCGCGCCCGCAGCGCCGUAAUCUCCCGCGACACCAACGAAACCAAAAUCCAACUCGCCCUCAACCUCGACGGCGGCGCCCUGCCCUCCCUCUCAACCACAACCACAACCACCACAAACGGCACAGACCACGCCUCGCAGUCCUCCAAAUCCCAGCAAAUCUCCGUCAACACCGGCAUCGGCUUCCUCGACCACAUGCUGCACGCCCUCGCCAAACACUCCGGCUGGUCCCUCUCGCUCACCACCAAAGGAGACCUACACAUCGACGACCACCACACCGCCGAGGACACCUGCAUAGCGCUCGGCGCGGCCUUCAAAGCCGCCUUACAAACCACCACGGGCCUCGCGCGUUUCGGCUACGCCUACGCACCCCUCGACGAAGCCCUCUCGCGCGCCGUCGUAGACCUCUCCAAUCGCCCCUACAGCGUGAUCGAGCUCGGCACCACGCGGGAGAAGAUUGGGGAUUUGAGCUGCGAGAUGCUGCCGCAUUGUUUGGAGAGUUUUGCGUUGCAUGCGGGGAUCACGAUGCAUGUGGAUUGUUUGAGGGGCAGGAAUGAUCACCAUCGAGCGGAGAGUGCGUUUAAGGCGUUGGCGGUGGCGUUGAGGAUGGCGAUUAGUCCGGUCAAGGGGAAGGAGGGGGAGGUGCCGAGUACGAAGGGGGUGUUGUUUUAG